AUGCCGUCUCGCAAUCCAUCCCUUCUUCUUCGCUCGCGCUGCCUUUUGCGCCAGCCGCAAGCCCUCCGCUCCUUCUCGACGCGGAGUGAGCUGCGUGCUGCUGACCACGGUAGCCACUACGACCCGCCAGGCGGAUAUCUUUUCGGCGUCAAGCCCGGCGAAAAAUACAAGAAGGAAGGAUGGGAGAACAUCUGGUAUUACGGAUUCAUCGGAAGCUUGGUUGCCGCUGGCGUCGCAUAUGUUUUUAAGCCCGACACAUCGAUACAAACAUGGGCUUUGGAAGAGGCUCGUCGAAGACUGGAGAUUGAAGGUAUUUUGGAGGACCCUGAAAAGGCCCAAAAAUAG